AUGUCGCAUGCAUGUAAUCCAGUGAUACGCAUUUUGGGUCCAAAACUGUAUGCGCUGCACUUUACAUCAAGUCCCGCUUUGGUAGCCACCCCCGAGCCCCUGCCCACUCACACGGCACGGUUCCUGGACGGGCGGGCGGCAGCAGCCGACUGGCACGCGGAGCUGGCGCGGGAGUCUGCGCACAUCCUGAAGGUGGCGGGGCGGCGCCCCGGCCUCGGCGUGGUCCUGGUGGGCGACCGCCCCGACUCCAAGCUGUACGUCACCCGAAAACGGGAAGCCUGUGAAAAGGUGGGCAUCUCGGAGCGCCUGGUUCAGCUUCCAGAUGACUGCAGCAUCGGCGACGUGCAGCGCGUGGUGGGUGAGCUCUGUGCCGACCCCGGUAUCGACGGCGUGCUGGUGCAGUUACCCCUGCCGCCCGACAUCUCCGAGGAGCGGGUCAUGGAGAGCUUCGAUCCCAGCAAGGACAUCGACGGCUUCCACCCGCUCAAUAUGGGUCGGAUGCUUAUGCGGGGUCGCAGCACAGGCUUCGUCCCCGCCACGGCGCUGGGCACGCUGCGCCUGCUGGCCGCGGGCGGCGUGGAGCUGCGCGGCGCUUCGGUGGUGGUGGUGGGCGACAGCAACACGGUGGGCACCCCCCUGGCGGCACUCAUGCGGGACGCGGGCGCGGCCUCGGUCACCGUGGUGCACCGCACGUCCUACUCCGCGCUGUUCGCGGACGCGCUGUCACCGCGCUUGGCCGCGGCGCGCGUGGCAGCGGCGGCCUGUGCGCCGCGCGUGCCGCCAGGGCCCUCGCAGGCCGCGCGCGCUGCCGACGUGCGGGAGGAGGCGCUGGAGCACCUGGCGGGCCUGCCGGGCAUUACGCGCACCGCCGACGUGCUGGUGGUGGCGGUCGGCUACCCGCGCCUGGUGCGCGCCUCCUGGGUCAAGCCGGGGGCUGCGGUGGUGGACGUCGGCAUCAACGUGGAGGGCGGCCGCGUGGUGGGCGACGUGGACGAGGCGGGGGUGGCGGGGGUGGCGGGCGUGAUGACCCCCGUCCCCGGGGGGGUGGGGCCCAUGACCAUCGCAGCCACGCUGCACAACGUUGUGGCCUCCGCGCGGGACAGGCUGCUGGGUCCACGGGAGGUGCCCCAGGUGGAGCCCCUGGGGGGCCUACUGCGGCGGGGGGACCUGCACUAUGCCUUCCCAGAUUCGCGCACGUGA